CCGGUUCCCAAAGCUAUUCAUUGUUUAGCUAUCUAGCUUUCAAAUGAAGACUGAUUUAUCAAGCCUUCGGUUGGAUUGUGCGCACUGCAGACUGCUAAUUGACCAAGCCUUUGUAUUAGAUGAAUUUAAUGUCUUUGCGGGAUAUAAAUAAGGAAACGUUGACAAUUUAGUAAAAAUGGACAGUGAGAUGUCCGACCCGGAGCACGGUCCAGGGAUGGAGACUAGCAGUAUGGACGGGGAGAAUGCACCUGUCUACUGUAUCUGUCGCAAGUCAGACAUCAACUGCUUCAUGAUUGGCUGUGACAAGUGUAACGAGUGGUUCCACGGCCACUGCAUAGACGUGACGGAGAAGAUGGCUAAGGGCAUCAGGGAGUGGUACUGCAUGCGCUGCCGGGACAAGAAUUCGUCUCUGGAGAUCAAGUUCCGGCCUAAGAAGAGCCACGAGGAGAGGAACAGCCUCGGAAAGAACAGCCACGUGGAACAUCCUCGGAAAGAGAAACGAGAAACGAGUCUACCAGACUUUAAGAUGGACAAGCGCCGAGGCUCACGGGUGAAGCGCUCUGCUCGCAUGUGUGGUGAGUGUGAGCCCUGCAGACGCACUGAGGACUGUGCACAGUGUGACUUCUGCAAGGACAUGAAGAAGUUUGGAGGUCCCAACAAGAUCAGGCAGAAGUGUCGCCUGAGGCAGUGCGAUGUCCGGGCAAGGAAAAUGCUGCGUGUGAAAGAUGAAGAGUUCCUGCGCGAGCGACGGGACAAUUCCAUGCACAGCCGCUACUCGGAUGACUUCGACGAGGAUGAGAUGGAGCUCUACCAGCGGUACAAGGCCAAGCGGAAGGCAGAGCCCUGGCUCAGUGAAGAUGAGGACGGACAUGUGUACAACCCCGUGAUGCGUAAAAAGGCUGUAAAGAUCAAGCACAUCAAGAGGCGGGAGAAGAAGUUUGAUAAGAAGCAGAAGGAGUCUCGCCGGCACAAGCAGAAACAGAAGCACAAAGACAAGGUGCGGCACACCGACCGCAGCGACGGACGGGACGCUGGCGAGGUGCGGCAGUGCCUCGGGCCCAACUGUAUGGAGUCAGCGCGGCCCGGCUCCAAAUACUGUUCGGAGGACUGCGGCAUGAAGCUCGCUGCCAACCGCAUCUACGAGAUUCUGCCCCAGCGCAUCCAGCAGUGGCAGCAGAGCCCAUGCAUCGCAGAGGAGCUGGGCAAGAAGCAGCUGGAGCGCAUCCGGCGCGAGCAGCAACAGGCACGCAUGCGCCUCACCGACAUGGAGCGCCGCUUCCACGAGCUGGAGGGCAUCAUCGUCAAGGCCAAACAGCAGAGCGCACAGGACGACCAGGAGGUAAACGAGGGAGACGGUGAAGACACAGACCUACAGAUAUUCUGUGUGUCCUGCAGUCACCCCGUCAACCCCAAGGUGGCACUAAGGCACAUGGAGAGGUGCUACGCUAAGUAUGAAAGUCAAACGUCAUUUGGGUCCAUCUUUCCCACACGGAUUGAGGGGGCAACGCGACUCUUUUGUGACGUGUACAACCCUCUGAGCAAAACCUACUGCAAGAGACUGCAGGUGCUCUGUCCGGAACAUUCCAGAGACCCAAAGGUGCCGACGGAUGAAGUGUGUGGCUGUCCGCUGGUUCGUAACGUGUUUGAACCGACGGGCGAGUACUGCCGCGUGCCCAAACGCAAGUGCACCAAACACUACUGCUGGGAGAAGCUGCGGAGGGCAGAAGUCGACCUGGAGAGAGUCAGAGUGUGGUACAAGCUGGACGAGCUGUUUGAACAGGAGCGGAACGUGAGGACGGCCAUGACGAACCGGGCAGGCCUCCUGGCACUUAUGCUGCAUCAGACGAUCCAGCACGACCCCCUUACCACUGAUCUCCGCAGCAACAAGGACAGAUAACCUUUGACCUCACACCUGUUGCAUUCUUAACCCUCUGGACACAGACCCCUUACCCCGCUUUUUGUAUUGUGCGUCAGUGGGACGGACGUAAGACUGAAGAUUUAUCCCAUUGUUGUCUUAUAAAGUUAUCGGUUACUUUUCUG